AUGGCCGCAUCGGUAGCCUGCGUCUUCUUCUUCGAUGCCGAGCCGGUCGGCCAGCCCGGCGUGCACGCGCUGGACGCGUGCGCGCUCUGCACCAAGCCGCUAGCGCGGGACAGCGACAUCUUCAUGUACAGAGGGGACACGCCCUUCUGCAGCGACGAGUGCCAGCACGAGCAGAUGCAGCUCGACGCCGCCUGCGCCAGGCAGGCGGCCAGGACGGCCGCCCGGAGGCAAAAGCAGUUCUCUUCAGCAACGGGGUCCGGGCGCGCACGCCGAGAGUCCUGGGAGGUGUCCUUCACGAGCUACUGA